AGGGCGACGCCGACUCGCUCGCUCGGGACGGAGCCGGUUCACUUCAGUGGUCCGGCCGCCGUUCGUGAGGGAGUUUCGCGGUGCGAGGCCGCGGCCUAGUUCGGCAGCGGCGCUGCUCUCGGAGUCGGUUUCAAGCCUCCCGGGGCCGGAGCUUCCAAGAAUCCCUUCGUAUCCCCUCGUCUGGUCGGUGACCCCGCAACUCCCCCCCCAACCACGGCGGAGUCGCUCAAGCCCACCCUCUGCAGAGUUGUCAUCUACUUGCAGAAGGAGAUGUCCGGGGACACCUGCCUGGCGGCCCUCUGCCCCACCCCGGGCGCCAAGCCCAAGAGCUGCGGGGGCUACAAGGCGGGCGGCUUCGGCAACAAGUACGUGCGGCUCAACGUGGGCGGCUCCUUGUACUACACCACGGUGCAGGUGCUGACGCGGCACGACACCAUGCUCAAGGCCAUGUUCAGCGGCCGGAUGGAGGUGCUCUCGGACAAGGAAGGCUGGAUCCUCAUCGAUCGUUGCGGGAAACAUUUUGGGACCGUCUUGAAUUACCUGCGGGACAACAUGGUCGCCCUUCCGAAGAACCGGCAAGAGGUCAAGGAGCUGAUGGCCGAAGCCAAAUAUUACCUCAUCCAGGGUUUGGUCGACCUCUGUCAGGCUUCCCUGCAGGACAAGAAGGAACCCUACAAGCCCGUCUGCAACAUCCCUGUCAUCACGUCCCCCAAAGAAGAGGAACGACUCAUCGAAUCAGCCAUGAAACCUGUGGUGAAGCUGCUUUACAACAGAAGUAACAACAAAUACUCCUACACAAGCAACUCCGAUGACAACUUACUGAAGAACAUAGAACUGUUUGAUAAGCUCUCCCUCCGCUUCAACGGAAGGGUCCUCUUCAUCAAAGAUGUGAUUGGGGAUGAGAUCUGCUGUUGGUCCUUCUACGGGCAGAGCCGGAAGCUGGCUGAAGUCUGCUGCACGUCCAUCGUUUAUGCCACGGAGAAGAAGCAAACCAAGGUUGAAUUCCCCGAGGCCCGCAUCUACGAGGAGACGCUGAACGUCUUGCUGUACGAGACCCCCAGGGUGCCCGACAACUCCCUGCUGGAAGCGACGAGCCGGAGCCGAAGUCAGGCUUCCCGGAGCGACGACGACGACGGCAGCUUCGAGCUGCGUGACCGGGUCCGGCGCAUCCAUGUGAAACGCUACAGCACGUACGACGACCGGCAGAUGGGACACUAGGCACCCUGGCGGAGCGGCUCGGAAGGGCCGUCUUUCUUCCCGAGAGUUUGUCCGGCUUCGAUAGGCGGGCUGGCGGGGCGCCCUGGGUGCGCAGCACCACCGUUCCUGAUGCAAGCCGAAAGCCAGGGCCGAAGGGCGACUUGGCUUGGAUUCCAGCAAGGCCGCGAACGGCCUGCAUCCCCUGAGUGCCAGCUGAAUGAAACCUUGUUAUUUCUCUCUGUCUUUUUUUUUAAAAAAAAUUAGCAUCUCUUCUAGAAACUUUCAGGAACCUUUUUCUGCCUUGAGAAAGAGGUAAUGAAUUUCCGUUCUUUCUUUUCUCUUCAGAUUUGGGAGUGGUUCUUGUCGAGGGAUCUUCCUCAGACUCUGCUUGGAGAACACUCCCUUUCCCCCCCCCCCCCUUUUUCUUUGGCAAUUUUUAAAACCCAGAUGCCGAGGACAGCGAAUGAAGCCCAAACACUAGUUUAUGUAGAUCAAACACUACAACUUCGUAGCUGCGUGUCCCCUUCCGUUGCCUCUGAAGCGGCGAUCCGCCUCCCCGCGAAGUGGAACCUGGUUCUGUGUCAUCUUAACUCGGAGCGGUCAGAGCUUCAAAUGUCAGGAACGUAUUUGUACCUUGACGCUGGGGGACACCUGGAAAGCAACUUUCCUCUUCCCUCUGGGUUUAACUGCUGUGUGUCCAAGGGGAAAUUAGGGCUGAGAAGGAACGGAGACACGGACAACCCCCCCCCCCCGCCCGCACCGUCUGGAUCUUUUCACACAACCGGUUGAGGACGUGGUCGUUUCUAGUAUUGUGAACUUGCCACGCGGUCGUCUGAUAUCAAGCUGCUCUCCCGGGCCGUUUGUUUUUACCGUGUGAGCUUAAGGCUCAGAAAUAAAGGUUAAACAAGUCAA